CCAUAAACACAGGCGGAGUGACUCGACUUGUCCCGCGCCAGGAUUUUCCAGUGAAAGCUUGAAGAUCUGUCUGAGGAGUUUCACGACAUGGACCUAAAGGAUUUUUGCCUAACUGAGAACUUCCACUUUCUGAAUAAGCACAGCCAGUCUCCGUCCCCCUGCGACCCAUCUGUCAAAGCAGACCCGCCCAGCCCUACCUUCGCCCUGGACAGCACCACACCGUUUAGCCCGGGGUCCACUUCAGACAGCAGCGGCUACAGCUUGUUCUCGCAAAGCCGCUCGCUGGACCCGGAAUCACCGAGUUCCAGCAGCAACGGCAGCGGCGGUUGCGCUGCACCUGACUCGUGCAGCGCACCACGCUUCAGCUCCGAGUCAAUCUCGCCGCUGUCCUCCCAGGCAGAGUCCAUCCUCAAGUGCAACUACAUGACAGCGCUCAGCUCCGGACCCAAACGACUCUGUCUGGUGUGCGGCGACUUCGCAUCUGGCUACCACUAUGGAGUAGCAUCCUGCGAGGCUUGCAAAGCCUUUUUCAAAAGAACCAUACAAGGAAACAUUGAAUACAGCUGCCCAGUGAUGAACGAGUGUGAGAUCACCAAGAGAAGGAGGAAGGCCUGCCAGGCCUGCCGCUUUCAGAAGUGCCUGAGGGCCGGCAUGAUGAAGGAGGGGGUUCGGAUGGACCGGGUCAGAGGAGGUCGGCAGAAGUACAAGAGGAGGGCAGAUUCUGGGGCGUCCCUCUUCAUGAAAGCCCCUUACUCACUGCCAGUCAAACCCACACGGAACAAGGUCAUUUCUCAGCUUCUGGCGAUGGAGCCGGCCCCUGUCCGCGCCACGUCCGACAGCUCCACCGAGGACGUCAACCUCAGAGCCCUCAUGACCCUGUGUGACCUCCUGAACCGGGAGCUGCUCGUCUUGAUUGGCUGGGCCAAGCAUAUCCCAGGCUUCGCUGCGCUCUCAUUGGUGGACCAGAUGGCCCUGCUGCAGAGCGGCUGGAUGGAGGCCCUGGUGCUCUCCGUGGCUGCGCGCUCCAUGGGCUCCCCUGACGAGCUGGUGUUCGCGGAGAACCUGCGGCUGGACCGGGCCCAGUGCCGGGCCGCCGGGCUCAUGGACCUCCACACGGCGCUGCGCCACCUGCUGGCCAAGUACCAGCAGAUGCGCCUGAGCCCCGAGGAGAUGGUCACCCUCAAAGCCAUCGCCCUGGCCAACUCAGACGCGGGGAGCCUGGAGAACCCGGAGGCCGUGCAGCACUUCCAGGACGGGCUCCACGAGGCCCUGCAGGAGCACGAGGGGGCGCAGAGCCCCGGGGACCCCCACCGCGCCGGCAAGCUGCUGAUGACCCUGCCGCUGCUGCGCCAGACCGCCAGCCGCGCCGUCGACGCCUUCUGCCGGCUGCACCUGGAGGGCCAGGUGCCCAUGCACAAACUCUUCCUGGAGAUGCUCGAUGCCAAGAUGUGAUUCGCCUACCAAUCGCGUCAGAGCCACAGCAAUGUUUUAUUCACCAGGUGCCCCAUCGAGGCUCACCGCUGGAGCAACCUGGUGAAAAAAACUACGUGCCAAUGGGGCACGGCAACACACUGAAAGAUGCGUUUUGUUUCCUCAUAUCAAGAUUUUUUUAAAUCUCAAAAAAAAAUCAACUCCUGCUUUUCCCAAACACAAGAUGUUCUUUCUUACUAAGAUGUAUAGUCUUGAAAAGAAAGAAUUUUGUGUUGAAGAAAAAUGGGAAUUACAGUUUUCACCAACGGAAAAAAAAAAUCUUAUGUUAAGAUAAAUAAGAAAGACUUCAGGCUGGUUUGGUUUGUAAUUUAGAAUGGACAGGCGUGGCUAUACAUUGCAACAGCCAACCUUACAUAUUCAAGUCAUAGAUUCGGUUGGAAACACAGGGCUCUUUUGUACCAGAGUAUCUAUUUUUUGCCUUAUUUGAGUCACACUAAUACAUUGCAUUGCUUUAGACCAGGGCUCGUUCUCAUAAUUAAUUUAUUUAUUACAAUGUUGCUGUUAAAGAGAAAUCUUGCCAUUUGUAU